AAUGGCGGACGCAAAUGGAAAUAACUCUAUUCUUUUCUUUUUUCUCUUUUACCUUUUUAAACCAGUCCACGGCGAAAAGCUAGAAAGAUUACUACCAGAAAAGCUCUUGGUGAACGAGAUAUUACAUCAUAUGGAAUCAGCUGUAUACUUAUUACAAAACCUCGAAAAGCAGUGCAGUUAUGAGCUGAGAAUUUCUUAUCCUGCAACUGUCCCUACAGAGUUUCUUAUCAAGCUGAUGAACUCCACAGAAUAUUCACGUAAUAAUAAUGGGAGGAAAUUAUUAAAUACUGAAAAAAUAGUCUUCGAAAAUGAUCAACAUAAUGAGCAAUAUGCAAAAGUCACUGCCAUAAGAACUGGGGUUCCUCUUCAUUCAAGUAGGCUUCAAGAUCCAGUCAUUUAUAACAUUGUUUUAGAGAAGCUCUACCUUGGCCUUCCUUGGGAAGUUUGGAAAACAGGAAUGUUCAUCGUCAUUACUCUAGCUAUAAUCAUGAAGUAUGUUUUACCUCAGUUGCAAAAGUACUUUGAGCUCCAACGUCUUCAGAUGCAAAAACAACUCAGUUAAUUGGAUUUGUGUAGGGGAAACAAAUACUUCAAAAAGGUUUUUAUCUGCAGCAAACAUGGAUAGGAAGUUCACUAGAUGCGUAACCACUUCAGGAAGCCCUCAAAAUACAGAAAAAAGCAUUGCGAAAUAAAAGUGUGCCGUAAAGUUUCUGAAGGAGCAUGCUUCUGUAGCCCUUUAGAAGCUUAUACCUUUGCAGGUGCACCGUUUGUUUCAAGGUACAUUGGCCAAUGAAAGAACAAGGUUGAGUACAUCUUUUGCCAGUAACCAAGAAAAUAAAAGUCGGAUUAAGGAAAGGCACAUUCGUAUACAGGAAGUUCGACGUGUUUUUCCAUGUGAAAAAAAGGCAAAACGUAAAUUGAACAAAGUUUUGUAAGAUAUUAAAUAUAUCUUUUGAGA